AUGUCCGCAGUCGUGGAAACAUCGGCGCCACACCUUCGGGUGUCCGCUGCAAAGGCAUCUACAGAGGAAGCCUCCAAAAACGAACAGUCAACAAGGAUUCAGCCACCAGAGGCCCUGGUCGACGACCACUUCUUCUGGACCUAUACUGAAGAGCCGCAUCGCUCCAGACGGCAAGCAAUCAUCAAAGCUCACCCAGAGGUUACCAAGCUAUGUGGCCCUGAACCCCUCACAAAAUGGGUUGUCCUCGGUGUCGUCUCGCUGCAACUCACCUGCGCCUACCUCCUCCGCAAUACCUCAAUGCUCGACUGGCGAUUCCUGGCAACAGCAUACGUGAUCGGUGCAACCUGCAACCAGAACCUGUUCCUCGCCAUCCAUGAGAUCUCCCACAACUUGGCUUUCCGGUCUGCGUUCGCCAAUCGCUUGCUGGCCAUCUUUGCCAAUCUCCCCAUCGGUCUGCCAUACAGUGCUGCCUUCAGACCGUACCAUCUGACGCAUCACAAAUCCCUCGGCGUGAACGGCCUCGACACCGAUAUGCCCACCGCAGUCGAAGCCUUCCUCCUCAAUUCCCUCCUGGGCAAAACCUUCUUCUGCACCUUCCAGAUCCUCUUCUACGCAUUGCGCCCAAUGUUCAUCUACAGCCCCCCGUUCACUUACAUCCACCUGAUCAACGUGAGCGUGGAACUGGCCUUCGACUAUGGCUUCUCCAAACUGUGCGGUACCUACCAGCCAGUCUUCUACUUCCUGAUGAGUUCAUUCCUCGCAGGAUCCCUGCACCCCUGUGCAGGCCACUUCAUCGCAGAGCACUACUUCUUCUCGAAGGUCGAGAAUGGAGGCACCGAGUCCCUGACUGAGCUGAAGAACGGCACAAAGACCAAGAAGCCCAGUCCUCUGGACUCUCUGCCUCCCCCAGAGACUUACUCUUACUAUGGUCCGCUCAACAUCCUUACUUACAAUGUUGGUUUGCAUAAUGAGCACCAUGACUUCCCCGCUAUCCCGUGGACUAAGUUGCACAAGCUGCAUGAGAUUGCUAGUGACUUCUACGAGCCGCUUCCUUGCCACCGCAGCUGGGUCUGGGUUAUUUACACAUUCAUUCUUGAUAAGAAUGUUGGACCCUGGUGCCGUGUGAAGCGCGAGCAGGGCGGCCGUGUCGUCGGCGGUGGAAAGAAGGACGAUAAGACUGCAUCCCAGGGAACUGGGCGUGGUGGUGAAGGAAUCUCGGCUGCGUCGGCGGGUCCGGCGGGCGAAGAGGGUGAUGGUUGGAAGGAGAGUGAGAUUCAGUGCUAG